AUGGCACUUGGAUUCCCUAUCGGAAAAUUGAGGCUUGAAGAAACCAGCCAUGAGGAACUCUUUCAUAGUCAGCCCAAAAGGAAUGAUAUAGUUGUUCAUAUCUUUCAGAAAACUGUCAUGGACACUGAAGUGGUGGUAGAUGUUGAGGGGGAAAACAUGGAACAUCACAUGGAAGAAAACACUGAACCAGGUGAAAAGCAGAAUGUAAAUCAAAAUUUUACAGGGAGGGAAAUAAGUAUUCAGGAUGAUGGGAAUACUAAGCCACAUGUGGGAAUGGAAUUCGAAUCAGAGGAGGCUGCCAAGACUCUUUAUGAUGCAUAUUCCAGGCAUGUAGGUUUUAGCACCCACGUUGGUCAGUUCAGUCGUACUAAGCCUGAUGGACCAAUUGUGACAUGGGAUUUUGCAUGUUCGAGAGAGGUAUUCAAAAGAAAGAACGUAGAAAGCUGCAAUGCCAUGCUACGUAUAGAGAGAAAGGGUGCAAACAGUUGGGUUGCGACGAAGUUUGUUGAGGACCACAACCAUUCUAUGGUAAGUCCUAGUAAGGUCCAUUACCUUCGACCCCGUAGGCACUUUGCUGGUGCUACAAAGAAUGCAGCUGAGACUUUGGAUGCCACUACUGAUGUUUACUUUGCCACAGAGGGUAAUCAUGUCUCUUAUGAACCCAAUCGUGGAGGUAGGAGUGUCUCCCCUGUAGAACCAAAUCACCCAGCAAGGAAUCUUGGGCCUGUUAACUAUAUAAGGCCGUCUAGCCGAAAGAGAACACUUGGACGAGAUGCUCAAAAUCUUCUUAACUAUUUCAAGAAGAUGCAGGCUGAAAACCCUGGCUUCUAUUAUGCUAUCCAACUUGAUGAUGAGAACCGAAUGACUAAUGUCUUUUGGACUGAUGCAAGAUCUAGGACAGCUUAUAAUUACUUUGGUGAUGCUGUAAUUUUUGAUACAAUGUAUCGACCAAAUCAGUACCAAGUCCCAUUUGCUCCUUUCACUGGUGUAAAUCAUCAUGGUCAGAUGGUAUUGUUUGGUUGUGCAUUACUUCUAGAUGAGUCCGAGUCUUCCUUUACUUGGCUGUUUAGGACCUGGCUUUCUGCCAUGAAUGAUAAGCCUCCUGUGUCUAUAACUACAGACCAAGAUAGAGCCAUACAAGUAGCAGUUGCUCAGGUAUUUACACAAACGCGGCACUGCAUAUGCAAGUGGCAUAUUUUAAGAGAAGGACAAGAACGACUGGCUCAUACAUAUCUUGCUCAUCCUUCCUUAUAUGGAGAGCUAUAUAGCUGCAUCAACUUUUCAGAGACAAUUGAGGAUUUCGAAUCAUCAUGGGCAUCCCUUCUUGAGAGAUACGAUCUUCUGAGGAAUGACUGGCUGCAGGCAGUGUAUAAUGCUCGAAAGCAAUGGGCCCCAGUCUAUUUUCGUGGUACUUUCUUUGCUGCAAUUUUCUCAAACCAAGGUGUUAGUUCUUUCUUUGAUGGCUAUGUGAAUCAACAGACAAGUAUACCUCUGUUUUUUAAGCAGUACGAAAGGGCUCUAGAACUUUCAUUAGAAAAAGAAAUAGAAGCAGAUUAUGAUACAAUGUGCACAACACCAGUACUGAAGACACCAUCACCAAUGGAACAACAGGCAGCUAACCUGUAUACCAAAAAGGUUUUCGCAAAGUUUCAAGAGGAAUUGGUAGAAACUUUUGUUUAUACUGCAAAUAAAAUUGAGGGUGAUGGACUGGUUAGUAAGUACAGGGUUGCAAAAUAUGAACAUGAUGACAAGGCGUAUAUAGUCACAUUAAAUGUCUCCGAGAUGAAAUCGAGCUGCAGCUGUCAGAUGUUUGAAUAUUCGCGAUGGACAAGAAAUGCCAAAUCUGGGGUUGGACUAGAUGAACAGAGUUCAGAGAACCAAGGUAUUGAAACACUAAACAUGCGUUUUAACAAUUUAUGUCGGGAAGCAAUUAAAUAUGCAGAGGAAGGGGCAAUUGCUGUGGAGACUUACAAUGCAGCAAUGAGUGCUCUACGAGAGGGUGGGAAAAAGAUUUCUGUUGUGAAGAAAAAUGUUGCUAAAGUCACACCUCCUAGUUCUCAGGCUAGUGGAAAUAUACAAGAAGAUAAUAUGAAGAAAUCCCCACUGCCUCUUGGCGAAAUGGCCCCCUCGUUGUGGCCUUGGCAAGAAGCAUUGCCACAUCGCUUUAAUCUUAAUGAUGGAGGAGUUCCUGUUGCUGAUUUGAAUCAGCCCAGCAUGGCCCCCGUCUCUAUUCAUCCUGAUGGUGCCCAUCCUGAUAACACGGUUGUCCUUACUUGUUUCAAGUCCAUGGCAUGGAUCAUAGAAAAUAAGAAUUCAACAUCAGCUGGGAAAGUGGCUGUUAUCAACUUGAAGCUCCAAGAUUAUGGUAAGAACCCUGCAGGCGAGACAGAGGUACAAUUUAGGCUAACAAGAGUUACACUUGAGCCUAUGUUAAGAUCGAUGGCCUAUAUCAGUCAGCAGCUCUCUGCACCAGCCAACAGAGUUGCUGUCAUCAAUUUGAAGCUUCAAGAUACAAAGACAACUUCUGGAGAAACGGAGGUCAAAUUUCAAGUGUCUAGAGAUACACUAGGUUCCAUGUUGAAAUCAAUGGCUUACAUCCGUGAGCAGCUAUGA